AUGGCAUCGAGCCAGCCCCAGACCAAUGGGGUUCCGGCCUCAUCAGCAGGCACUUCGCAAACAGUACCAAACACACAAACUACCGCCGCCUCCUCGAGUCAACCUACUACACAGAACGCCCCUCCUGCUACACCAUCAACAACCGCCCCCCGGCCGCGCGACUCCCGUUUGAUCGAGCUUCUGCUUACGUCGCAAGGCGUCACUGCUUACGAGCAGCGUGUACCUCUGCUGCUACUCGAUUUCGCCUACCGCCAUACAUCCUCUGUGCUGAGCGAUGCGCUACAUCUUUCCGGCGACCCAUAUGUCACACAGGCUGGCUCUAAGCCAUCAGCAAACGCUGGUGCCAUCUCAGCUCCCGCAGGUGAUGCUGCAGUCACAGCCAAUGCCGUUAAGCUCGCCAUUGCCUCGCGACUCAACUUCCAGUACCGUGGAGGAAACGCCGGUGGGGGUAUUAGUAAAGACUAUAUGCAGGAGCUUGCGCGUGAACGAAACAAGGUGGCAUUGCCAAAGAUCGUGCCUAGCGAAUGGGGUGUUCGACUACCGAGCGAACGGUUCGUGCUUAGUGGGACGAGCUGGGGUCUGAAGGAUAUGUGGGAUGAAGCGGACGAAGAUGAGGAGGAGGAUGAGGAUCAAGGGGGCGAUGCUAUGGAGGGCAUUGAGGGCCCUGAACCUGAAGAUAUCGGUGGAGAUGGCGUGGAGGGUGGUACAGUUGAGGACAUGUUUGGUGAGGACGUCGACGAGGAAAUGGCAGAAGAGGGCUAG